AAUUUUUUUAUUUUUUCUUAGCGAAAAUUGGAAAUAGCAGAGAUUGUCAGAGUGGCGUAGUAGACCGAAACCCAAGAAAAAGGAAUUGCCAAGACCAACAAACAAAGCUUCGCUAACCCCAUUUCUUUCUCGUUUUCCUUUGCUUUUCCCCAGAUUCCCACCUCAACGACGAGACCCAUUAUUCUUCUUCUUCUAUUCCUUUGUUCUAUUUUGAUUUUUGUUGCUUUUCUCUCUGAAUUCCUCCUGAUCUUCUUCUCUCCGGUUCAGUCUAGUGGGUUUCUUUUCUUUUCCCCUUUGGGUAUUCCGGUUUAGCCAUGGUUGCCGAUUCGAAAGGCAAAUCGGACAUCUCAUUUGCCGGCACUUUCGCCAGCAGUGCUUUUGCUGCUUGUUUCGCUGAGAUAUGCACCAUUCCAUUAGACACUGCCAAGGUUAGGCUUCAGCUGCAAAAGAAAGCGGUUGCUGGUGAUGUCUUACCAAAAUAUAGGGGCAUGCUGGGCACAGUUGCAACCAUAGCCAGAGAAGAAGGUUUGGCGUCCUUGUGGAAAGGCAUUGUUCCUGGAUUGCAUCGUCAAUGCUUAUUUGGAGGCUUAAGGAUUGGGAUGUAUGAGCCUGUCAAAAACUUUUAUGUGGGCAGCGACUUUGUUGGUGAUGUUCCUUUAUCGAAGAAGAUUCUUGCUGCACUGACAACUGGUGCUUUAGGGAUCACAAUAGCUAAUCCAACUGAUCUUGUGAAAGUUCGACUUCAAGCGGAAGGAAAAUUACCUCCUGGUGCGCCUAGGCGUUAUUCUGGGGCAUUGAAUGCUUAUUCAACCAUUGUGAGACAGGAAGGAGUUGGUGCUCUAUGGACUGGCAUCGGACCAAAUAUAGCAAGAAAUGCGAUUAUAAAUGCUGCAGAACUAGCAAGCUACGAUCAAGUGAAACAGACAAUUUUGAAAAUUCCAGGUUUCACGGAUAAUGUUGUUACUCAUCUUCUUGCUGGUCUUGGAGCUGGGUUUUUUGCCGUAUGCAUUGGCUCCCCGGUCGACGUGGUGAAGUCAAGAAUGAUGGGAGAUUCAACUUACAAAAGCACACUUGAUUGUUUCAUCAAGACUUUAAGAAACGAUGGACCUCUAGCAUUUUAUAAGGGCUUUAUCCCAAAUUUUGGUCGGCUGGGAUCAUGGAAUGUGAUCAUGUUCCUAACUCUAGAACAGGCCAAGAAGUUUGUGAGAAAUAUAGAAUCUUCAUCUUGAGCUAUGGGGGAAGUGUUGUGCAAGCAGGAUUGCUCCCUUUUCAAACCAUUGCUAAGAGAAUAAAAAGCACCCCACAGGAAUAACUUUUACUUUCUGUGCUGAUUCCAUUGAUGACAUUAAAUAUUCUGCUCCGGCCAUGUGAGAGAAUAAGAUGAAAGUAAUCCUCAGACCGAUGGUUCUUUCUCAAUGUUGCCAUUCAUUUUCUGUACUACGUGCAAAAGAAUUCAUUCUGCUAAUCAGAGUGACAAUGGUCUAGACUACAAUCUUCUUGUAUUUUAGUCCAUUUGAAACAUCUUUAAACGAAAUUUUUUGAAGUUCCAGAGA